GAUAAUACAAUUCUGGAAAUUAAAAAUUAAAUAUUCAAUAUUACUAAAUUAUUCUAAUAUUAUAUUUUAUGAACAUUUAUAAAAUAUAUUAAGAAUCAUUUUAAAUUAUAUUGUUUAAACAAGAUAACCGGCCGUAAGAGGCCUUAUGUCAAUCCCCGUACGAUAUCGGUCAGAUUGACCAAGUGCCAACAUGAAGAAGCUUUUUUCGAAAAUUGACAACACGUCUAAAGAACCCAAUAGUUAUUUGGGAAAAGUAUUUGUUGUGAGUCGACAUACAGUCACCGUUGAGGAAGUCCUUGCAGAAGGAGGAUUUGCCAUAGUAUUUUUGGUUAAGUCAUCAAAUGGUAGAUAUGCUCUUAAACGCAUGUAUGUCAAUAAUGAACAUGAUCUCAAUGUAUGUAAAAGAGAAAUACAAAUUGCAAGCAAUUUGAGUGGACAUAAAAAUAUUAUAGGAUAUGUAGAUAGUAGUAUUACUCAUAUAGGAGGUGGAGUCCAUGAACUCUUACUUCUUAUGCCCUAUUGUAAAUCACAAGUCCUUCAAAUGAUGAAUAAUAGGUUACAAACGGGUUUUAGUGAAUCUGAAGUGCUACAAAUAUUUUGCGAUGUUUGUGAAGCGGUAUCGCGAUUGCAUCAUUGUCAAACGCCAAUUAUCCAUAGGGACCUGAAGGUGGAAAAUAUAUUACUCGCUGACUCAGGACACUAUGUAUUAUGUGAUUUUGGAUCAGCUACGGGAAAAAUAUUGAAUCCAAGUGUCCAAGGUGCAGCAAUUGUAGAAGAAGAAAUUAAAAAAUAUACAACCUUGAGUUAUAGAGCGCCAGAAAUGGUUGAUAUGUAUUGUGGAAAACCUAUAACUACUAAAGCUGAUAUUUGGGCAUUAGGAUGUUUAUUAUAUAAAUUGUGUUUCUUUACUUUACCUUUUGGAGAAAGUACGCUUGCAAUUCAAUCAGGAAAUUUUACUAUUCCUGAUAAUUCUAGAUAUAGUAAAUCAUUACAUAAUUUAAUAAGAUAUAUGCUAGAACCUGAUCCAGAUUUACGACCUGAUAUUUUUCAAGUAUCGUCCAUAGCUUUUCAAAUUCAAGGCAAAGAAUGCCCCGUACAAAAUUUAUACAAAGUUAGUACACCCACCAUUGAUGCUUUACCUACUGCACCAAUAGAAUCUGAGAGUAUAAAACGAUCAGCAUCGAUAAAAAUUUCAAAACCAACGCCGGUAACAACAACAGUUGAAGGUACUUCUGUGACACCAAGACAAAGGCCAAAAGGUCAAGGAGUCGGUACAGGUCCAAUAAGUUUAACCGGUCAGAUUGUUAGUCAAAUAUCUGGUCAAGGGAAUCAAUUGCAACAGCAGAGUGGUACUUCAGUGUCUUAUGUACAAGUUAAUCAAUCGGCAACAGUUAAUACCUCACAACAACAGUAUAUAGCUCAGGGUGUACAAAUUGUACCUACAAUGCCGACAAACCAACCACCACAACCUUUACAACUAUCAAUGCAGUCGUCUUUCGCUCAAGUCUCACCACAUAUUACUUCUCCAAGUCAAAGUGUUUCCUCUUUUGUUCCAAGUCAAAAUUCUCCAUUUAAUCAGUCUCAAAGCCCACUAGUAGCCGGACAUACGGCUCAACUUACCCAACAAUCGCCUGUUACAGUUCAAGAUAAAACUGCAUAUUAUUUUGAUGUAAAACAACAUGAAAUAAGAGCAGGUGUUGCUGAUGAACAUUUAGAAGCUUUAUUUCCACCUUCUGGAUAUCCUGACCCAUUUAAAGAUGAUGCACGAUCGAUGCCACCUCCGGCUUCGGUUGCUUCUAAAUCAGGAUCAACAAAAGUUCUUCCAAAACUUACGACUCCAACUAACAGUGGAUCGUCAUCAAUGUUUGUUUCACCAACUCAAUUACCACAGAAAAUAAAUACUCCGUUGUCACAAAACAAAGCAACACCGUCUUUCACACCACAUGCUGUUUCCAAGCCAUCUAAUAAAUCGGAAAGCUUAAGUCAAAAUAUAAGUGCUAAUACUUCACCACCAGAUAGCCCGACAAUGUCAUCAUCAAGACAUCGAAGAAAUGUUAGUGAUACUAGUGCUUUUAACAAAGUGUUUGCUAAUGAGACAUCCCAAUUCUUAGCGCCAUAUGAUGCUUCAGUAAGACCACAUUCAGAAGAAGAUACAUUACCAGAUAUUAAAACGGAAGGGAGGCCGUGCAUCGGCACGAGUGCCUCACAUGUACGUGUUGGUGAACUAUCGAGUGUGUCAAGUGUAGAAGGUCGAUCACUGAGCGCUGAUGUAUCAACUUGGAAUCCUUUUGAAGAUACACAGCCAUUUAAUCAAUUAACAGAAGACCAUAUUUUUGGCGCUGAAUUUGAUAAAAUUAGACGGGGUAGUAAUAGCAGUAUUGGUGGUGUUAAAAGUCGUGAAAGUUUAGUUAUGUCUUAUACAGAAGUACCAGAGGAUCCAUUUGAAUCAGCUCCUUUUUCAUUGCCUGCGGGUAAAAAAUCAAAACUUGGAUCCAAGACGGCUGCAAUCGCUGGAGGAACGGAUGUAAGAAGCGGAAAACUAGCAACAGUUCAUUGGAGUCCUGAUACAGAACCAGCAGCUGCUGAUGAUGAGGCAUCGCUGUUGAAAAAAUCUAGUCCUAUUUCACCCCAAUUUGUGCGUGUACCGGUUGAAGAUCGAUCUAAGUAUGAAAAGCUCGCUUUCAAUGCCGAUGACGUGUCAAGUGAUAGUGAUAAAGAAAUAGCGCAAAGAAACCAAGAGCGUAUGAAGAAAAAACGUCGGCGAGUAAAAGCUGUUUUAAGUAGACGAAAAAAAGAAGUUUCGUCGCAUGAAUCAGGUCAAGCACCUGCAGAGUAUGAGUCCGAUGAUUCAAUAGGAUCAGCAAGUGAUCUUAAAGCGAUGAACGAUGAGGAUGGUAAUGAUCCAGAUGAUGAUCAUGAUGACAACGAUGAUGAUGAACGUGAAAAAAUAGAUGAAACUAUUUCAGAAAGUGUUCGUACAUGUGGCAGCUCAGCUUAUCAUGCUGAAUGUGAAUCGGUGGCAACUCAUGAAGAUGAUCAUAGAAUUAAAAAGUCAAGAAGACAUCAUGAACAACAUCAAACAUUACCAACUAUUCAUGCUGAUCCAAUAGUAGGUCAUCAGUAUGGUGAAAAACCACUUUUACUUGAUGAUGAACUAGAUCCUGAAGCUAAACCUGAACAAUUACAUGGAGAUCCUUUUGUUGGUCAUCAGUAUAGUUCAAAGCCACAUUUCUUUGACAAUGGCAGCUCUUCCGAUGAAAUUAAUAAGACCAAUAUUAUUAAAAAUGGUAUUUUCAAAGCUGAUGAGGAUGUUUUUGCUUUAGCACCUUUUCCAAGACCAACAAGUUCACGUAAAAGUAGUGAUAGUAAAGAAAAUCCAAAUAAAAUAGUCGGAUCAACUAGUAGUAUACCCAAUACACCACCAAAUUCAAAUUUAAUAUCUCCAAUUACUGAUUCACCAGCACCAGUUGUUUCUGGUACUUUAGUUGAUAUUGACGACAGUACGGACUCCAAUAUUGCAUUAAAAACUCCUGGUUUAUCAUCAAAUGUACCUCUAGAAAGUUGGAAUAAUUAUGAAAAUGAUAAUUUUAUGAGUUCACAACCUGUUAAAUUUCCAACUAACGUAAUUAGAGAAGACAAAGAUCUUUUUGGGUCAUUGCCAUUUACAAAUCCAUUUACUAAACUUGGUAAUUACCAAACAGAGACUGACACAACGUCUUUACCUUGUCAAACUAAUUUAUACUCCAACUAUAGUGUUAAUAGAGUACCUCAAAAUAAAUAUAAUAAUAAUAAUCAAGUUAAUACAAAUACUAUUGCAGCUAAUAAUUUUGGACAAGUUACAGUCAAUACAACUAAUAUAACAAUUAAUAAUUCAACACAUAAGGAUCUUUUUGGAUCAAUUCCUUUUGAUGAAUUUGCUACUUUGACUAUUAAUAAUCAGUCUCAACAACAACAACAACAGCAACAACAACGACCUACAUCAUUGCCACUAUCCCAAUCACCAGCAUUUGUAGACAAUGCACUCAGUACUAUUUUAUCAACUAGUGCGCAGUCAACAAAUCCCAGUCAAUUUUCUUCAUCUGUGAUGAAUAUACAGCAGCAGCAACCUCAAUCAGUUUAUGUUAUACAACCGGAAGUGCAACAAACAGCGAGAAUAAUUGUUAAUGCAACAAACAGUGUAUCGAUAUCAAAUAUUUCACCAGAUAUUUUGUCGCCGAUGUCACCUGAACCCCUAGUCGUUACAGACCAUUCGUUAAAAUUAAAAAAAGACAAGGCCAAAUCAUCCGAUAAAUCAAAGUAUCAUCUUAUUAGUGAAAAUCGUAGUGAUACAAUAAAUGUACUAUCUAUUAAAACACCGCAAAAAUCUAAAGGUGUAACUUAUAAAAAAACUCCCAAGUCGAAAAAAAGCGCUGCAGUUACUGCUGGAUUCAGUAAUAUGAGCUUUGAAGACUUUCCAAGUGAUGAAAAUGAUGAUAAAACAGUAAGUGGAGCUGCUGUUACGCCUUUUGAAGUUAGACGUGAACCAGAAAAACGUUUCGGAUCACUUAAACGAAGAAGCAAUCCAUUUACUUGAGAAAUCACCAAUGAGUUGUAUUUAAAUUACGUUAAUUGUAAGUCAUUAUAUUAUUUUUAAUUCUUUAUUUAUUUAUAAUAUUUUUUUUUUUAUAUAAUUUGAUAUCGAUACUUUAAAUGCUUUUAAUCGUAAUCCACAUGUCGAUAACUUAACUCCAUACUACACAAAUUAAACUUAUAGUAUUUUUAAAAUAAAAGUCAAAGUUUUAUUAACUAUCAGUAUUUCGUUCAAAUUCAUUAACAAAUAUUGCAUUUGCUGUACUAUAAAAUGCGUUUUGACUUUACUUAAAAGGUUGCUAUUAUUCAUCAUUAAGUAUAUUUUAUAUAAUAUAUUUUAAUGCACUUUUUAUAUCCACUUAAGGUAGAAGUACCAUUUGUGGCCACUGCUCUAUUGGACAUUUAAUAUUUUAUUUUAAUUUAUGAAAAAAUAUAAAAAAAACAUUGUAAUAGUGCGAUAAAACUAUCUUCGAAAACAUUAAAAAAGUGGCCCUAAAAUGGCCAAAAACGGUACCUGUACUCUAUAUGAUACUUAUUCUUUUUGGUUCAGUAGCUAAUCAUAUUUUCCGUCUAUUGAUUUUUAAUAAUUGCUAGUGUAGUUUAUUAUAUACAGGAAUUUAUCCGUCAUAUUUUACAGGAAAAUAAAUUAAAUUACACUUUCUACUAACUAAUUAUUUACUAUAUAGUUAUUAAAUUAAUAACAUAAUAAACUAUCAGUAUCGGUUGUUUCGUUAAUGAUGAAGACAUUAAUUUUAAUACUAAUUUUUUGAUCUUGAUGACUGAGACAAAAGCUAUUUUGAAACAUGUCCACUUGCCAUUUUCCAUAUGAUUUUAUUUAGAAUUGCAUUUAUAUCUACAAAUCUAAACAGGCGUUCUUACUAUUUUCUCUCUUACGUCGAAAUGAGUGAACGGUAUUAACUUUUUUGCACUAAUACAGAAAUCAGGGAUUUCGGCUGAGUUUUUCUCUUAAACAAACGAAUAUGUUCAAAAAAUUGAAGCACACUUCGCUAGAUUAGAUAGUAGUGCAUCAAUUUGCAGUCUGUAGUUUGGAUUUAAAGAUUUCAUCUCCGAGAAAAACUCAGCCGACAAUAUCUGAUAACCCUGUUAUUUAAUUUAGCCUUGAGAAAAAUUUUCACAAUAAAUGUCAAUCUGUAUUAAACUAAUCUCAUAGUCAACACCAUGACUUGAUAAUAAUUUUAUAGGUUUUUCUUCUUUAUUUUAUACUUGUUAAUUAACUUUUGACUCUGCGAUUAAUUCAAAGUUUCAAACCUUAUGUCCUAUUUAAUAUAUUUUUUUAUCUAAUACAAUCAGCAUUCCUUUUUCUAUAAUUUUACACUUUGAAAAUAUUUAUUUACAACUUUUCUACCUAUUUUUCUAUAGUUUCUAAUCUUACUCAUCUAUAAUUAUAAUAUUCAUUAAUAAUUUUCUACAACUCGUAAUCUAUUCAUUUCAUUUCGCAAAACAAGUUUAUUAUUAUUUUAAAUUAAACAACUCCUGAAAAAAAAGAAGGUUCUAAAAAUGUUCUGCUUGAGAACUUCCAUAUUUGGGACAAUUCAAAACUUUUGGAAAUUCAAGAUUAGAAAUUCCGACAGAUUGACAAUUUAAAAAGUUUUUUUGAACUUCCCGUAAAAAAAACUUGUUAAAAAAGUGUUGACUAUUCUAAGAUUAAAAAUGUGACACAACGAUGAACUUUUUUUGAAUUUUGGAGAAUUUACAGGAAAAACCAAUAAUUAUCUAAAUACUAUUAAAAUAUGGUAAAAAAAAAGUUUUGAAACAGUUAAAGACAGCUAAACAGCUUUUUCUGGUCGUAUUUUGCACUGAAAAAAAAAAAAAAAAAUGAUAAAUUUUAUCGAUUUUUAUUGGAGAGUCAAAAAAAGUUUACAAGAGUAUAAAGACGUUAAUUUACAGUAUUAAGUCAAUUGUUUUCUUUUGUGUAUUUUCAGAAGUUCAAAAAUUUUUUUUAAAAAGUUUUUCGUUGUGCACGUUUUGAAGUUUCUAAUAGUCAACGCUUUUUCAACCUUUUUUUAUACGGGUUGUUUGUUGAUUUUUUAAAAAGAUUUGAACAUUUUUCACUUAGUGAAAAAUUUUGAAAACCAAAAGCAAGAAAAUUCUUAAAGUGAAGUUUUUAGGAACGAGUUCCUAAAAAUUUUCUAAACUAUCAGAAAAAGUUUAAAAAAAUUUCUAAAUAAAUCUUUGGUAAACGCCACCAAAAGAGUACAGCAAGAAUUUUUCCAAAUUUAGAAGUUACUCAAGUGCAACAUUUUUGAAUUUUUUUUUUUUUUUUUUUUUUUUUUUUUUUUUUUUUUUAAAUCCAAACAGAGGAUAGAGUAUGACUUUAUUCUGUAUUUUAAUAAAACAAACAUUUAAUUUGUGGAUUACGAUUUCUAAGCACUAUGAUGUCGGUGUAUAAAUGAGAUAUCAAAAAAUAUUUUUUUGAUUUAUUUAUUUUUAGUUAGUGAGUCUCAUUUUGUUUUGAGUUUGUGCUUUAACUAACUUCAAAACAAAUUAAAAAAAAAAUUAUGAUUUUUUUAUUAUUAGGAGAUUUAGAUGAAGAAUAAAAAAAUAUAAUUUUUUUGAGCUUUUUAAUAAGGAUUUUGUUAAUUAAUUUAUAAUGUUAUGUUAACAUGAAAAAAGCACCGCUUUAUCAUCUUAUUACCUCGAUUAAUUGCUAAAAAAAAUAUUAAUAAUAAUAAUAAUAUAUUUUUCACGAAUUGUAUCGUGAGCCUAAAAAAUACCUGAUUAAAAUGGUGCAUUAAAUUUAUAAUUAGUUAUACUUUACACAGAAUAGUAUUUAUCCAUUAAUUAAUAUUUUUAAUUAUAAAGUUUAUAAUUAUUGUAUUCCAUUAAAAAUUAAUUGUGCUUAUUAUUUAAAUUUAAAGAACUCGGCAUCUAGAAACCAAAAAAAAUGUUAAUAAAUACAGGAAAGAGUGUGAUGAAUAGUAGAAAAAAAAGAAAAAGAAAAUAAAAAUAAAAAAAUAGUAAUUAAAAUAAAAUUAAAGUAGUAAUUAUAUUAAAAUAAAUACAGGCAUCUAUUUUUGCAGCUAAAAAUUUUCACAACAUUUAUACAGUUUAAAAUUUGUAAAUUUCUAUUGUCUAUUAGCUAUUUCUUGAUGAAUAUUUAUUAUUAUAUUAAAAUAGAAGGAUAAACAUUUGUAAGCAGCUCACAAUUUAUUAAAAUAAUAAUUUUUUAAAUCAAGUAUGUAAAUAUUUAAAGAAAGACGUAAUACAUUUGUGUACAUUUUUAAAUGCUUAUAGGAAUCAUUUCUUAAAGAUAAACAUCUGGUCGAACCAUUUAUAAAUAAAUGAAGAUGAGUUAUACUAAAAAAUGAAAAAAAAUAAAAUGAUAAUAGAUAUAUCUAUAAAAAUAAACUCCACAUUAAAAGGCGCAGUUAAUAGUUAAAAAAAUAUUGAUUAAUAAUAUCUAGUCUCUCUAAAUAGAUGCAAGACUGAUCCUCGUAAAGCUUAACCAUUAAAAAUUAAUAACUUUAUCUAAGUUUUUGAAUUUAAAUGAACUUUUAAUACGCUUUCAUUCGGCUCUUUUUGACAAAAGUAUAUUGGAUAUAUAUAUAUGAGACAUAAAUAUAAAAAAAUAAAUUAUUUCUAAUUUAUAAUGAGGCUAUUUUUUAAGAGCUUGUAUAAUUAUUUGUAAUCAAUAUUUUGAGAUAUAAUAAAUAUAAAAUGGGCAUUAAUUAUCGAUUUAAAUUUAAAAUUAUUUUAUAAAUUUUAUUUUCAUAUCUUUAU